AUGGCAGCCAUCUCCAGCCUCGUUCUGAGCGACAAUUUGCCGCCCAAGGACAAGAGAGACGACUUGGAGUCACCGACCACCCCGCGGCCGGAUCGGUAUGCGUCGACAGCCAUGGACGACGCCAAAGUUGCGGUCCAAGACCAUGCUUUCCAGUCCCGACCAGGCGCUUCGACGGCCUCCCGGCCAUCGAGUCAGGGGACCCAGAUCGAUCAUGGCGAUGAAGAACGAGACGAGUCUACAAUGAGAAGAGAUGGCGGCGAGGCGUUGUCGAGCGCCAUGGAUAUGGACGAUGAUGACACCGGCCAGCCUGGCUCGGACAACGAACUCGAGCCAGGUGAGGUGGACCUUUCGGCGAGGAAGAAGAAGGGCCAGAGAUUCUUCUGCACUGGCUACCCGCCCUGUAACCUCAGUUUCACUCGAAGCGAGCAUCUGGCUCGUCAUAUCAGAAAACACACGGGCGAACGCCCGUUCCAAUGUCACUGCAACCGCAGAUUCUCCCGCUUGGACAACCUACGCCAACAUGCUCAGACAGUGCAUGUCAACGAGGAGAUCCCCACCGACUCCCUUGCUGCCACCGGGACUCGAUUUCAGCGGCAAAUCCGUACCGAUCGUGUUAGACCAACAGGUCGCCCACGAACAGGCACCGCCGGCAGCACUGGAAGUCACAGCCGUGGCCACAGCCGAAACCUAUCGGCCUCGAGUAUUGGCUCGACCUCGUCCAACUAUAGCAUAGUCACCGAUGGGAAACGACGGCCGCCGCCUCUGCUUAUGGCCAACGACAACGUGAGAGGACUGGGGAUCGAGCCACCUCAUACACCCCCCGCUCAGUACCGUGGGUACAAUCCCAAUUCUCCCGGUGGUCUGAGUACGCCCACCUCUGCCAACUUCUCGGCGACACCUGGUAGCCCGGGCUUCUUGUCCUCGAUGGCUUCACCAGUGUCGAGUAAUGCCCGCUUGGGCGGCUUUUUUGGCUCGAGGCCGCAUUCCCGUCGCCUGUCUGUGCCAUCAGGGCCGAAUCCGUACCAGAAUCAAUAUCCGCCCGGGUACCCUGUUGGCUAUCUGAACCAGAUGGGCCCACCAAGCUCCCACGCAUCAUCGAAUUCAAGUGUAUUUGCUAGUCCGACUUCUGCAACAUUUUCUAUCGGCGGCCAACCUGUUCCACCUGGGGAAGACUGGCGCAGGCGGACGUGGCAUGCAUCAACUUACCCGGCUGGCAAUUUCAACUAUGGACGUCCUGCUACAAGCGGGCUGACAUAUUCGCAGACUCCGGACGCCCCUCAACCUGCACAUGCUCAACAUGCCACGGCCGCCGCCGCACAAGCCCCUCGACUGCCAGGAAUUGAAAGUUUUGAUCAUGUCCAACACCGCUCCUACACCCCCCCGCGCCGCCAGCCGAGUCCUAUGCAGAUCGAUGCGAACCAGUCCUCGUCGGCUGCGAGCCAAGAUUCUCGGACACGCCAAGGUCAUGUUUCGUGGGAAGGCCAUCGUCCCAGCCAGUACCCGGAGCUUGACGAACACACGGACCGACAUCACGGAGCGGGGUCAUGGGGUCAGCAGACCAUCAAUGAGAUCCAGAGUGUGGGUAUGCGAUUCAACGAGCCGCCGAGGCACGUCGACAUGGGACCUCCGCCGCCGUCCAUGAUGACGGCUCAACAGCAUCAGCAAAUGACGCGCGAAGCACUGGAGGGACAGUCGUCAGGCCAAAGAACAAAACGACAAGCAUGGUACGGUGGACCUACGCCGACACGGACGUCGCCGGAAGACUCCAGCAGCAGUGAUGGUAUUCCUACACCCGGCAUGACGGCGGUUGAAGUGCACCCCAUGAUCAUGCCCAGUAGUGGAUACAUGGAACCACAGCACGGGCCAAUGCCUCCGGAGACACAUCAGAAUGUUUGUCUUGCCCCCGCUCCAUACAUCGAACAAAGAGGUCACCACAAUACAACAUCGUUUGGUGAUCGCAACGGAACUGGGGGAGGAAUGAAUCGACUGGAAGCUCUGGUAGCUGUGGCUACAAGUGGGGAUAAUGCUGCCCGAUGA